AUGGCCCGAGGGAAAGGAGGCGCAGCCUCCUCCCAGCGCCGCUCGGGGAGUCGGAACCCAAAACGCUCCACAACGCACAGAGCCGAUGCUUCCCCGCCAAAGGGUCCGUCGCCACCGGCCGCUGCCGUCGAUGCCCCUGAGAAAGGUCAGCUGGACGCCUCCGUGUGUUCGACGUCCUCCUCGUUUUCUUCUGCGGACUCCCUUGUUUCCGCUCCGUCCCACUCGGCUUCCGUCCUGGCACCUGCGUCUGGUCCUGAAGCGGGCACGCGUCCAAACCCGCCGGCGGUCUCCGGAGGCCUUGCCACAGAAGCGAAGCCUGCAGAAAGCAACGCCUCGGCCUCCACGGAACAUCACGCGUCUUCGCCGCCCACAGAAAAGCCGUCGCCCUCGCCUCCAGAGGCCUCCACUGUUUCUCCGCCUGGUGACCCAUCGACGUCGGCGAAACAACAAGACACUGCUUCUCCUGACGUUCUCUCUGAGUCGGUGCCUCCAAAAGCGUCUGCGCCUCAGCCUGGGCCUUCCUCAUCACCCGCAGUUCCUGAGGAAGAUCCGACGCGGUCGCCCGGUAUCUCUUCAGCUGUCGCGGCAGAGAAGAGCGGCAGCACUUCGCCUCUCCCUGAAGUCGUCCAAGAGUCGAGGUCAGCCUCUGCGUUUUGCCAGUCGGAUGACGAAGAAAUGGCCUCGCUGGGUGCGCGAGGCGCCGCCGUCACUCAGCGCCUGGCUUCUUUUGAUCGCGAGCAAACCUACGCUGCUGCGGUUGAUCUCUUCCCCACGGCGUAUUCGUUCUCGCCCUCGUUUCCAGGCAACAAUGCCAGCAAUGCCCUGGCUACGCAGUCCUUUCCGCCCCCUGUCCUUCCAGACUGCGUUCUCGAAUCAGACACCGCGUCUUUGUUCGAAAACGUAGACGACGAGACGAACGUCGAGGCGCUGAGAAAGCGUCUACACGAAGCGGAAUUCUGGUUCAAGAAGUUGCGUGGAGACCUCUUUCUGUGGAUGGAGAAGGCCGUCAGCCUCCAGGCGCGCCUCGGGGACGCCGCGAAGGUCCAGGCGAGUCAGGCUUUCGCGGUCCAGGAGCUCCGCAGAGAGAAGCGCACCGCCGAGAGACAGACGCAGAAGGAGAGGGACAGCAGUCGGCGAGAACGGGAGACGCUGCUCCAGGAAAUCGCCGCUUUAAAGCAAGACAUCAACCAGUUAAAGAGUCGCGCAGCCGGCGCCGAUGCAGCCGUGCGGGCCGCGGCCAGAGUGGCCGCAGAGACAAACGACGAACGAAGCGCCUCUGGAGAAGCGGGAGACACGACAGGACACGAAGGACGCGCUGCCGACAAGGCGGCUGUGGUUUCGCUGACAGCCUCCGUGGCGGCGCUGAAGACCGAGCGCGACGGCCUGAUCGGAGAACUGUAUUACGAACGCCGGAAGCACCAGGAGGUCGCGGAGGCCCUCGAACAGGCGAAGCAUGUUUGCGAGUCUGAGCAUGUGCCGAAUUUGGAGAAGCUUCGCGCGUCUUUGGACGCCAGUGAGGCGGAGCGGCACGAGAUCCAGUCUCAGCUGAUUCAGUACAAAAUCAAAUACGCCGAAUCCGCAUUCGAGGAGCUGGGAGCGCGCCAACAAGCGAUGCAACAGGGCAUCCAGCACAUGCACACUGUGCAGCAGAUGCGGUCUCUUCAGCUCGAGGUUGCCAGCCUAACUUCGCCGCGCGGCCUUCGCUCUGCGUCUCCGCGAGGCGACCGAGAGCCCGGAGGGACUCUGAGCCGGCACAAUUCGCCUCGAGGAAGUGAAGAGUCGCAUUCGUUCUUGUCGCGGGUCUGCGCUGCCCUAAGUCCGCGAGGCCCGAGAGAGACGCGCGGGCACCACGACAGCGCCCCGGCGUCUCCUCGCGCUCCGCCCUCGCCCCGUCCGACAGACCUUGCCCAUGGGGGUGAAGUCGAUGGCGCGUUUGUUCCGAGCCCGAUUCGCUCGGCGGGCGGUCGCGGGUCUGCCGAUAUCGAGGGUGGGGCGGCCUCUCUGGUGGUGCAGGCGCCGUGGCUCGCGGGCUCGGUCAUCCGGUCUCCUCGGGGGCCUUUGGGCCCAGCUGGCGGUUCGGGGCCAGGGCCCCAGGGGCUCGCCGGCGCGUUCGCCGCGGUCGCCCCGCUGGCGUCGCCCCGAGUCUCCGUCGAUGACGAUGUGCUUCCCUCUCUGUCGCCUCGAAACUUGCUCGAUCAAGGCGGCGCGGGUGUCUCGCCGCCGAGUCGCUCGCCGUCGUGUGGCCUUGUGCAAAAUCCAGAUCUCGAGGACCAGGUGCUCCCUCUGACGAGCCGCAUGUCCGGGGUUCCGAAAGUGCCCCCGCUGCGCCUCGGCGACUUCCAGGAGCGCCUUCGCGAUGCUGGCCCAAGCAGCCCCGGAGGCGUCUUCAACAGCAGCCGGGGGUUCUACGGAGAAGGGGGGGGGGAGGGGAAGGGACUCCCGAUGGAGCGGCACGAGCACCUCCAGCACGCCUCCAGCUGGGUGCCUGACACAGACAAAGGCAAGGGCCAUGGCCACGAGAAAGGGUGGAAGGAGACUGUGACAGGGACAACUCGGAAAUGGUUCGGCAAGCUGAACCGCCUGACGUCCCGCCGGACGGGCGAGGACGAGAAGAAGCAUCACCCCCCUGAGGAGGGGACGAAACGGACUGAAGAGAGCCGGAACCUCCACACAGUUUCCGAGGCUGCGAUGGGGGCGGAAUUCGGGGCCAGAGACCCGAGAAUGGGCGACAGGGCCCGUGGACACGGAAGGCAGUCAGAGGCAGAACCAGGGAAACGACGCGUAGGUAGAAGCGCCAGCGCGGCCGAGUACUUCUCUUCUGGUUCGUCUUCUCGCUCGUCCUGCGUCUCUUCCCUCGUGUCGCAAGACUCCUCGCUCGACUCGGACUCGCGCCGAUCCUCGAUGGGGGCGCGGUCGCGUAUUCAGUCCUUCGACUUGGCGAGGCCCAACCAGCCAGAAGCGCUGUCUGUGGAGACGGUCGCAGGAGCGAGCCGCGACUGCCCAGGAGCCGAAAGCGGAGAAAACGCGUCUCAGUCUCAGCGUCAGGCGUCCCGUUCGGCUGGGGAAGGCGCGUCAUCCUCGCGUCUCGCCAAAUCCGGCUCGGCCGCUGCACAGAAGGGCGAGAAAGAGACAGGCGACUUGGCCUCGUUGCUGCCGCGGACCCGCGGCAUGUCGCUGAAGGGACUCGCGCGGUGGGGCUCCAGCGGGGGGAGCCUGUCGGCCUUGUGGGGGUCGGCGCUGGCCGGCAAGGAGGAAGCGCGCGAGGCAGGAGACAGGAGCCCAGCCAGUGCUCAUAAGGCCCCCGCGGGAGAGAAUGCAGAAGGGUCGAGCCCGCGCGCUGGAGGAAUGAAAGAAAGAAGCGAGUCUCGGCAAGAGAGGGAGCAGAAGAGUGCUGCGCGGACUCCAGAGGACGGGGAGCGAGACGCAGAACACGUAAGAGGCCGGAGACGAGAACGGGAAGGAGCGAGGAGCGGAGACAGGGGGAAGGGGAGAGACGACACCGAAGCCAGUGUGCAUACACUGAACGGUGAAGAAGUCAGCGAAAAGAACACAAAGAUCGCGCUAGGAAGGCGAACAACAGAUCCGAUAGAGUGGUUGUCAGACGAGUAA